CACACCGAGCAGACCUCUCUAUCUGCCCGCCAGACACCGCUGCAACCCCCGCUACUUUAAGAGUAAAACUGGAGCCCGGAGGGGAAAAAAAUAAAGUUCUUAGCUGCACUAACCUCAUGUUUUAAUGAGUGAGACUGCAGAGACGUAAAGCAUACUAAGUAUUUUAAAGCAGCAGUAGUAGUUUUCGGUGCCGGGCUCACCUCUGUGUGAAGUGGUACAGUCCCGUUAGUCUCCGCAGUCUGGAGUCCUGUGAGCUGCAGAAGUUUAACACCGGGCGACGAGAAUGACCAACAUGCGGAUUAAGUGCUGUUUACUAUAAAGAAAAAAAAACGGAUUUGUAUGAUGAACUUUUACCUGCUGGCUUUGUUACUGGGAGCAUCUGCGUGUGUGUGUGAUGGCGUGCAUGUCACAGUGCGGGAGAAGCAGCGCAUGGCGAUGCUCUUCCAGUCGGUGGUCCUCCCCUGUCAGUACCAGACGGCGUCUUCUCAGACUCCCGUGGUGCAGUGGUGGUACAAGUCGUACUGUCGAGACCGCACGCGAGAGUCCUUCACGCUGCCCGAGAGUCUCGCCAUCCAGACCUCGGAGCUCGGCGCCUCGUCCCACCUGGAGUGCUCGGACAGCGGGCGCACGGUCCGGGUCGUGGCGUCGGCGCAGGGAGCCUCCAUGACGCUGGCCGAGCACUACAAAGGGAGAGACAUCGCCAUCGUCAACAAAGCAGACCUGCGUAUCGGCGAGCUGCAGUGGGGCGACAGUGGAGUGUACUUCUGCAAAGUGGUCAUUGCUGAUGAUCUGGAGGGGAAGAACGAGGCCCAGCUGGAGUUACUGGUGCUCGGCCGGACAGGUCAGCCGGACGAUAUCCUGCCUGAGUUUGAUGUGGAGAUUAUGCCAGAGUGGGCGUUUGUUGGAUCCGUCGCCCUCGGCAGUGUCUUGUUCCUGCUCCUGUUGGGAAUCUGCUGGUGUCAGUGUUGUCCUCACUCCUGCUGCUGCUACGUCCGCUGCUGCUGCUGCCCUGAGACCUGCUGCUGUCCUCGACACUUAUAUGAGGCGGGGAAGAUGGCGAAGAGGGGACCCCCUCCUCAGGUUCCCGUGUAUCCGUACUACAUUCCCGGUGUUCCCUCGGUGGUUCCUCUUGCACCCCCGUCCCAUGUGGAGCCAAAAACAAUCUCCUCUAUCCCCUCUGUGGAGAAUAACCUGUCUGGAGUGCGCAGUGGUUAUCGACUGAAAGCCUGUCCCAACCAGGACUCUAUGAAAGUUCUGUACUACAUAGAGAAGGAGCUGGCUCAGCUUCCCUCUGCCAAGACGGCUGCACGCCAACCCAGGAGCCUAUCAGAGCUGAGCUCUCUUCACGACGGAGGAACGACAGAUUUCAGACACACCUAUCAGACGGUCCAGAUGAAGGCGCUCCCGCCCAUCGCAGAUCUUGAAAACCACACGGUGAUGAGAGCGGCUCCGCCCACACAGAGUCGAAGGGCCAGACGGGACAGACGCAACCUCUCAGACGACGAGUUGGACAGAAGGUGGAACUGUAGCUCGGAGCACCUGCAGAGGAAGACGUUGAGCAGAAGGGGGCGCACGGGCUCCCUGGACGAGCUGGAGGAAUUCGCCCAGUCUUUCGACUCACGCAGCCGUCGGGCUGAUCCUCCAGAACGACCCUACGAGCGGGAUUACAGCCCCCCCAGGUGCUACUACAGAGACGAAGACGACGGAUGGCGUCGUCGCAGCCCUUCACCUCUACCACAGAAAAGAAGGGACACGUGGGACAGCGACCGACCCUCUCGACCUCCCCAGAGCAAAGGAUACGACAACGCCUUCCUCAGCAAUGUGCUGGAGAGCAAGGCGAGGGGACGAGGAGGGGACAGACACGGUGCUAGACCGGACGAGGACAGUGACACUCCCUCCAAAGGAAGCUCCAGAGGCAAAGGCAGCGACAGCUACUACAGCCGCUCGCCCAGCAACCGUCCCGAGGAGGAGGACGGUUUACCUCCGUACUCUGAGUGGGAGGCCAAGCGGUACCGCAGGGCCGACCAGAGAACAGACGGGUACCGCACAGUAGAACCUCCUCCAUCAGAGCGCCACAGGACCACUGAGCCCGCCAUGAGGCCUUUCUCAUACACUCGCCCCAACCAGGGAAUGUCCCAAACUCUACAGGGGGCGAGAGAGGAGAGAGAGAGGAGCCGAAACCUGAGCACUGCACUGAGCAGGGACACUAUCAUAGUGUGACAGCCUCCACCCGCUCAGCGCUGCCAAUCUGCUCAUGUAAACCGUCCUGUUGCUACGCAGGAGAGGCUAACUGUUCUGCCACCAGCCAUACGAAGUCUGAAACACCUCACUGAAAUAUCAGCAGCUCAAAAAUAAAUGCAUGACGUAGAUUUUUGUUUUUGCUCAUUUGCAUGAAUUAUAUCUGGGCGUUUAUGCACGUGUAGUCAUGUAGACGUUAUGUAUGUUGAGUGUGCAGCAUGGCUACACUUAAAAACCUGUGCCAAGAUGUUUCUUUCAUUAUUUUAUUGCCAAUUCCACGGUGGUCUUUUGUCACAUCUGAUGGGACACACUACAGUCUUAUUUUCACAUGCAACUCAGGUUCACUUUGUAUUCUUUUUGUCUUUGUUUUUGAUACCGUUACUGUAUACUUGUACUGUACCUUGGAUUUGUUUUUAAUUGCACUGCUCAAAUACUUUUGGAAUAAUAAAAAACUCUAAGAAGUCCU